AAUUCAUCCUCAUUGGCUUCUCCAACUUCCCUCAGCAGCUCCUGCCCACCUUCUUCCUGCUGUACCUGCUGAUGUAUCUGUUCACACUGCUGGGGAACCUGCUCAUCAUGGGCACCAUCUGGAGGGAGCACAGCCUCCACACCCCCAUGUACCUCUUCCUGUGCGCCCUCUCCAUCUCUGAGAUUCUGUUCACUGUUACCAUUACCCCUCAAAUGCUGAUGGACAUGCUGUCCACCCACCGCUCCAUCACCUUUGUGGCCUGUGCCAGCCAGAUGUUUUUCUCCUUCACGUUUGGCUACACCCACUCCUUCCUGCUCAUGAUCAUGGGCUACGACCGCUACAUGGCCAUCUGCCACCCGCUGCGCUACAACGUGCUCAUGAGCACCCGUGACUGUGCCCGUCUCGUGUCCUGGUGCUGGGCUGGUGGCUCAGUCAUGGGGAUGAUGGUAACACUGAUUAUUUUUCAUCUCACCUUCUGUGGGUCCAAUGAGAUUCACCAUUUUUUCUGCCAUAUUUUUUCCCUCUUGAAGUUGUCCUGUGGGAGGGACACAGCCUCUUUCACCCUGGCUGUGAUCCUGGUCUGUGUCACAGCCCUGAUUGGGUGCUUAUUCCUUAUCGUCCUCUCCUAUGUCUUCAUCGUGGCUGCCAUCCUGAGGAUCCCCUCCACUGAGGGCCGGCACAAGACCUUCUCCACCUGUGUCUCCCACCUCACCAUAGUGGUCGUGCACUACGGUUUUGCCUCCAUCAUCUACGUCAAACCCAAGGGCCCUCAUUCUAUGGACAGUAACAUUCUGAUGACCACCACUUAUACAGUCUUCACCCCCUUUCUUAGUCCAAUUAUUUUCAGUCUUAGGAAUAAGGAGCUAAAGAACACCAUAAAGAGAAGCUUCCGCAGAACUUUCUGUCCCCUAAACUCCUAACCACCAAUAUAGGGUAGAAGGGUUGGAGACAAUGAUGCCUUUCUUCAUAGAACCCUUGUGAUGAUACAGGUAUAUGAAAAUACCCACACUCCUUAGGAGUAUGAUGCAUGGUAGCUAUUUGACUUUCUCCAAUUUUCCCCCUCUUAUAGCCUCAAGCCAUCAUAAUAUCUUGUUUAUAUCCAAUGUGAUGAACUGUAUUCCAUUAUCUAUGCCUAGGAAUAUGUUACCUACUUAUAGGCAGGUGAGCAGAAUCACAAGAUGUGUCAGGUCCCUGAUGCACAUGAUUCUUCUUGAAUGGACUACCAAGAGAAUAUUU